AUGGACCACCCCAGUAACAAUGCACUUCCUGAUUCCCAUGCCAAAGGCGUGACCUACGAGGCUAUCCGCACAGAACCCACCCGCCGCAACAGCUUCUCCAGCAUCGCAACUGCAACUAGCGCCAUCCAGCCCGUCCGCUCCUCCAGCCAGCACGAUCAUGACGGUACUCGAGGCGGCGUCAAUAUCUCCCAGGCCGAGGCCGACUUCGCCGAACUAAACAAGCAGCUUUCGCGCGCAAGCCAUCUCUCGCGCAAGUCGAGUCGCGGCCAGAGCCGCAAGGACGCCAAUGAGGAUGAUUUGGAGAAGGCCGCCCAGUCCGAUGCGUCAUCGGAGGAGCCGUUUGAUCUCGAGACGGUCCUGAGAGGGAAUCGCGAUGAGGAGGAGGCGGCGGGCAUCAAGUCGAAGCUUGUAGGUGUCAUUUGGGAGGGUCUGACCGUGUCGGGUAUCGGAGGUGUGAAGAAUUAUGUCAAAACGUUCCCGGAUUCGUUCGUUUCCUUCUUCAAUGUCUACGAGACGGCCAUGAAUCUGCUGGGCAAGGGGAAGAAGGGGAGAGAGUUUGAUAUCUUGAAAGAUUUCAAGGGCGUUGCGAAACCAGGGGAGAUGGUGCUUGUCCUUGGCCGCCCUGGAUCAGGAUGCACGACGUUCCUCAAAGUCAUCAGCAAUCAGCGCUACGGAUACACCAAGGUCGAUGGCGAAGUGCUAUAUGGCCCCUUUGACAGCGACUAUUUCGAGAAGCGGUACAGGGGCGAAGCCGUCUACUGCGAGGAAGAAGAGAAUCAUCACCCGACACUGACCGUGGGCCAGACCCUGGAUUUCGCACUCGAAACCAAGGUCCCUGGAAAGCGACCUGCUGGCCUCUCCCGCACGGAAUUCAAAGAGAAGGUUAUUGACUUGAUGCUGAAGAUGUUCAAUAUUGAGCAUACCAAAAACACCAUCGUAGGCAAUCCGUUUAUUCGUGGCAUUUCUGGAGGCGAGAGAAAGCGAGUGUCCAUCGCUGAGACUAUGAUUACCGGAGCCUCCGUCAUCUCUUGGGACAAUUCCACUCGUGGCUUGGAUGCCAGCACGGCAGUGGACUAUGCGCGAUCACUCAGGAUCCUGACCAACAUCUACAAGACCACGACGUUUGUUUCGCUCUAUCAAGCCUCCGAGAACAUUUACGACGUCUUUGACAAGGUGCUUGUCAUUGAUAGCGGACGCCAGGUGUACUUCGGUCCUGCCAAAGAGGCACGCGCAUACUUCGAAGGUCUGGGUUUCUUGGAGAAGCCUCGUCAGACCACGCCCGACUACCUCACCGGAUGCACGGAUCCUUUCGAACGGGAUUACCAGCCCGGAAGAAGCGCAGACAAUGUCCCCAGCACUCCAGAAGCCCUUGCCGAAGCCUUCAACAAGUCUCAGAUCGCAGCACGCAACGAGGUCGAGAUGGCCGAAUAUCGUCAGCAUAUUGCCGAAGCGAAGCACCUUCAUGACGAUUUCGUCAUUGCUGUCAAGGAGCGCAAGCGUCACGCCCCGGCCAAGUCUGUCUACUCCAUUCCCUUCUACCUCCAGGUGUGGGCGCUGGCCAAGCGCCAGUUUCUCCUCAAGUGGCAGGAUAAGUUCUCUUUGGUCGUCUCCUGGAUUACUUCUAUUGUCAUCGCUAUCGUCAUCGGUACUGUCUGGCUUGACCUUCCUGCAACUUCGGACGGCGCCUUCACUCGGGGUGGUGUUCUCUUCAUCGCGCUAUUGUUCAACGCUUUCCAGGCAUUUUCCGAACUCGCAUCGACUAUGAUGGGCCGCCCCAUUGUCAAUAAGCAUAGAGCAUUCACGUUCCACCGUCCCUCUGCCCUCUGGAUCGCCCAGAUCGGAGUUGACUUGCUCUUCGCAUCGGCACAGAUCCUCGUCUUUAGCAUCAUCGUCUACUUCAUGACCCAUCUUGUUCGAGAUGCUGGCGCCUUCUUCACCUUUGUCCUCAUGAUCAUCACAGGCUAUCUCGCCAUGACGCUGUUCUUCCGUACCGUCGGCUGUCUUUGCCCGGAUUUCGAUGUGGCUAUUCGUCUCGCGGCUACUAUCAUCACGCUCUUCGUCUUGACCUCCGGAUAUCUCAUCCAGUGGCAGUCGGAGCAGGUCUGGUUGAGAUGGAUAUUUUACAUCAACGCGUUGGGUCUUGGUUUCGCGUCUCUCAUGAUGAAUGAGUUCAAGCGUCUCGAUAUGACAUGCGCAGGGAGGUCGCUCAUUCCAUUUGGACCGGGAUAUGAUGACCUCAAUCACCAGGUGUGCACUCUUCCCGGAAGUCAUGCGGGUACAAGCAAAGUCUCUGGGACCGAUUACGUGCGAUUGGCCUUCUCUUACAACCCCAGAGACCUCUGGAGGAAUUGGGGUAUCAUGAUCGUUCUUAUCGUUGCCUUCCUGCUAGCAAACGCUUUCCUAGGAGAGUUCGUCCGAUGGGGCGCCGGUGGCCGGACAGUGACAUAUUUCGCCAAGGAGAACGCAGAACUCAAGGAGCUCAACCAAAAGCUGCGCGAGAAAAGGGACAGGAGGAACCGCAAGGAAGAAGGGGCUGAGUCCGGCUCAGACCUGCAUAUCACUUCUAAGGCCGUACUCACCUGGGAAGAUCUCUGCUACGAUGUCCCUGUUCCCUCUGGGCAGCUGCGGUUGCUGAAGAACAUCUAUGGUUAUGUCAAGCCUGGCCAAUUGACUGCCUUGAUGGGAGCUUCUGGCGCCGGAAAGACGACCUUGUUGGAUGUGCUCGCCAACCGCAAGAACAUUGGUGUCAUUACUGGCGACAAGCUCGUUGAUGGCAAGCCUCCAGGAAUCGCCUUCCAGCGUGGUACCUCGUAUGCCGAGCAGUUGGACGUACACGAGCCUGCGCAGACAGUCCGCGAGGCACUCCGGUUCUCUGCUGAUCUUCGUCAACCUUAUGAGACUCCGCAAGCCGAAAAGUAUGCCUACGUCGAGGAAGUCAUUAGCCUGCUUGAGAUGGAGGACAUGGCUGAUGCCAUCAUUGGCGACCCUGAGACUGGUCUCGCCGUUGAACAGCGCAAGCGUGUCACGAUCGGAGUGGAACUCGCGGCAAAGCCUGAUCUCCUCCUCUUCCUCGACGAGCCGACAUCCGGCCUUGACUCGCAAUCCGCCUUCAACAUCAUCCGAUUCCUUCGUAAGCUCGCUGCUGCUGGCCAGGCCAUUCUCUGCACAAUCCAUCAACCCAACUCUGCCCUCUUCGAGAACUUCGACAGACUCUUGCUCCUUCAGCGUGGUGGGCAAUGCGUCUACUUUGGUGACAUCGGCAAAGACGCACAUGUCCUCCUCGACUAUUUCCACCGGCACGGCGCUGACUGCCCUCCCGAUGCCAAUCCCGCUGAAUGGAUGCUCGAUGCCAUCGGUGCUGGUCAGGCUCCUCGCAUUGGCAAGCGUGACUGGGCCGACGUCUGGGCUGACUCGGAGGAGUUCGCCAAGGUGAAGGAGGAGAUUGUCCGUAUCAAGGAGUCCCGCAUUGCUGAGGUUGGAUCGGCGGAACCCGCCCCCCAGAAGGAAUAUGCCACGCCGUUGUGGCACCAGAUCAAGGUCGUUAACAAGCGGAUGAACUUGGCCUUCUGGCGUACGCCCAACUACGGCUUCACGCGUCUCUUCAACCACGUCAUCAUCGCGCUGCUCACAGGCCUCAUGUUCCUGCAGCUCGAUGACUCUCGUACCUCGCUGCAAUACCGCGUGUUUAUCAUCUUCCAGGUCACCGUUCUUCCCGCUCUGAUUCUUGCCCAAGUCGAACCCAAGUACGCCAUCUCGCGCAUGAUCGCCUACAGGGAGCAGAUGUCCAAAGCCUACAAGACCUUCCCCUUCGCCCUCUCCAUGGUCAUCGCCGAAAUGCCCUACAGUAUCCUCUGCGCUGUCGGCUUCUUCCUCCCUCUCUACUACAUCCCCGGCCUCAACUCUUCCACCUCGCGUGCAGGCUACCAGUUCCUCAUCGUCCUCAUCACGGAGAUCUUCUCCGUUACUCUCGCUCAGAUGGUCGCUGCACUCACACCCGACCCCUUCAUUUCCUCCCUUGUCAAUCCCUUCAUCAUUGUUAUCUUCGCCCUCUUCUGCGGCGUCACGAUUCCCAAACCGCAGAUCCCCGGUUUCUGGAGAGCGUGGCUCUACCAGCUGGAUCCCUUCACGCGUCUCAUCGGUGGCAUGGUUGUCACCGAGCUGCAUGAACAACCCGUCCAAUGCACGCCCAUGGAAUUCAACCGCUUCGUCGCGCCUCCAGGCCAGGACUGCGGAUCCUACAUGUCCGACUUCUUCUCCAGCGGUGCGCCUGGUUACAUCCUGAACAAUGCGACGAAUAUGUGCGAAUACUGUGCGUACAAGGUUGGCGAUGAGUUCUUCAGGCCUUUGGGAUACGAGUUUGCGCAUCGUUGGAGGGAUCUGGGGAUCUUCGCCGCGUUCAUUGGGAGUAAUCUGAUUAUCCUGUUCUUGGCUGCGCGUUACCUCAACUUCAACCGCAGAUAA